GUAAAGUAAAUAAAGAGCAGAGCAAAUAUUCUUCCCACCCUUUUCAAUGCAUGCAGACGAAAUGCCAGAAUACGAUUUUGGCGAAAUGAAGCUUCUCCUUCAGUCGGAUCGUGGAUUACUGUGAGAGGUAGGUUAAAAAAACAUUUUCCCUCCGCUUUAAAGACCUGCAGAUGACUGAUUUAAGACUGAAAUUGUGUAGUUUUGACAAAAUUGGGAUCCAGAAAUGUUUGAUUCAUAAAAAGUUUCGUUAGGUUUUACUGAAUGUAAUCGCUUGGCACUGUAAAAGAUGAGGGUAAGAUUAUAUCAAAAUAAAUUUGGCGCGAUCGGAAAAAACCAUUUAUUUAUGCAUCUUUGAAUCCCCUGCUCCGAUCUUGUACACUUCAAUCCUUAAUGCUUGGCCAGAGAAAUCUGAAAUCUUACUGGCUUCCGACCGUAAAAAUUGUAGAGAAGUGAGGUAGGGUGGAUAGGAAUGGGGGGAUGCGUGAGUAAUGCAGGAGACAUAAAGCUUUUGAAAGCAGACGGGAAAAUGAUACGGCUUGAACCUCCUCUGUAUGCCAAAGACAUAAUUUGGGAUGAUGAAUACAGAAACUAUGGGAUUUUCGAUGCCGGAUCGGUGAGGCGUCUGGGCCUUCUCUUAGCACGCCCUUUGCCUCCCCAUGCCAAGCUUCGUCCCUCUCGUCUUUAUUAUCUGGUUCCCCUGCCUCUCUCUUUCACUAAUAUGCCCCCAUCCCAAAAGCUUAAAUCGUAUUCUCUGAGACAAAGGGGAGGAUCAGGGAAGGGGGAAAUGUCAAUAUCAGUGAAGUCGCGAACCAAGGCGGAAGAUUCAGCUUCUUUCAUUACUCAGCCCCAAACUGAGGGAAAUAUGAACGCAGGGCUUCUUGAAAAUGUUGCGACUCCAUUGUUGAUCCAGUCUAAUACUAGUACAAGAGGCCGGCAGAUCUCCAGCGCGUCAGGAUGGAAGCCUAGUCUCUACACAAUUGCUGAGCUCUACAGUGAUGGUUGAUACACAGGCUCUUCUACUGCUUCAAGUUUAGAUGUGAGGAAUACAAAAAUUUUGUGCCUGCUGUUUGAGCUCUUUCCUAUUCAAUUCUAGGCUAACCAGGUUGGUGUACGCUUGAGCUUACAAAAAUUAUAAAUGAGGGAAAAAUGAUGGUGGAUGGUUUUUAAUGUCCCAACAUAAACACCUGCACCAAAACAUGUUACUGUGGAAUGGAUGGUGGAAAACUGUUACUGAUCUACAAAUUAAACUGGUAAAAUUCUAUAUUUAAUAGGUGUUCUUGUAUUUUUUGGCAUUGAAUCACAUAGCAAUGUUCUUCUAUGAUCAAUAAUAUUACAUAAUUGAUUUGUGUAUUUUUGGGGAAAUUUCAGAUCUUAUGAAAACUCAAAACGCUUCUUUUGUGGAUGAA